CAACAGCACUUCCUCAUUUGCUUCAACACCAAAUAUAAGCAGCUUUCUGAAACUCACUUCGAUACCAGUUUUUGAAAUCACCACUCAGAAAACAUGCCUGAAACCGUGAAAGCGCCCAAGAAGGGCUCAAAGAAAGCCGUCUCUAAGGCCACCAAGACCGGCAAGAAGAGGAGAAAGUCCAGGAAGGAGAGCUAUGCCAUCUACGUCUACAAGGUCCUGAAGCAGGUCCACCCCGACACCGGUAUCUCCUCUAAGGCUAUGGGCAUCAUGAACUCGUUCGUGAGCGACAUCUUUGAGCGCAUCGCCGGGGAGUCCUCUCGUCUGGCUCAGUACAACAAGCGCUCCACCAUCACCUCCAGGGAGAUCCAGACCGCUGUCCGCCUGCUGCUGCCCGGUGAGCUGGCUAAACACGCCGUGUCUGAGGGCACCAAGGCUGUGACCAAGUACACCAGCUCCAAGUAAACCCGCUGAUCACCAGCAACAACUCAACGGUCCUUUUAAGGACCACCCAACAUUUCAUCUAAGAGCUGAAAUCCUGAUUCUCCUAU